AUGAUACCAGAUCAACGUGAUUCUGAGGAUUAUAGUGAUGAAAGUCCUUCAGAAGAUUAUGAUGCAUCAAAUAAGUACAAAGCAAAUCAGAAUGAUUAUUCGACAACAAACAGAAGUCAACAUCAUGUGGCAGCUCGAAAUUAUCCAAAAAAUAUUGCUGUACAAUCAUCUGCGGUUCCAAAAUUUUCUUCUGAACCACGUGAAACUUUCUUAAAAGAAUAUGUCAAUGAACGACGUCUUAAUAAUAGUCAACCACCUAUUGAAAUUUACAAGAUCUUUUCUAAUGUUAAGCCAAAAACAGAAGUGAUGAGAAUUUUGAAAGGCAUUCAGGAUCAAGAGGAACAUUAUCGGCAAUCAAAAGAUGAACAUGGCAAUAGAACAACAUCGAAAAAUCGUGAUGCUUUGCCUAGAGAACAAAUUAUUGAACAUUUUAAACAAGUACAUUAUGCCGAUUUUGAACAAGAAGAUGGAAAGCAAAUAUUGAACUACUUACGAAAACCAAUACUACGAAGAUCACUAUAUGGUGUCUUACUAUUCAAUUCAGAAAAAAAGAUCUUAGCCGUUCAAAAUCAUAAUGGCAUUUGGAGUGCUCCUAAAGAUCGUCGAAAAAUUGAUAAUAAUUUUCAAUUGGAACCUAUUAUUGAAACAGUUUCACGUGCAUUUAAUGAACAAAUUCGUGCGAAACACGGCAUCACCGACGAAAUAUUUGAGCAUUAUGAUCUCCAAGAAAAUCAACAUUUAGAUUCACAAAACUAUAUUCAGCAUCAGUUUGAUAGAAGACUAGAAAGUGAUUAUGCUAAGGUCAUCGGACUGUUCAUUAGUCACUUCGAUGAGCCCAUAGUGGAAUUCGAAUUGCGCGAUGCAUAUGAAAACCAAGUAAGUUCAUUCGAAAAGUGUAUUUUGAUUUUUGAACAACACAGCAAAGAUACACAAAUAUUUAUAUUUACAUUUGAGGCUUGUCAAUGGCUCGCAAUAGACGACAUUGUUAAUCAUACAGCCGACGAUGAAUUCGACAUGUAUUUUACUCUUCGACCAUUUAUAGAGGACAUUCGACGUCGUAUGGAGUUUGACAACACAAAUCGCAACGAUCAUUAUCAACAAGGGCCGCCAGAAAACGAAGAAUUAAUUGAAGGAUAUCCGAACAAUGCAGCCGCUCCUAUAAACCAGCCAAAUAUAAAUUUAGCUCAAUCAGCUAAUCAACCACCAAGAGAUAAGAAUACUUUACCAAUUAAUGAUGAAGUUUUCAAUCGUUCUCAACAGCCUGUUGCAUUUGACGAUUAUCACAGUCAAGCUUCGAACAAAAGUUCCUUGACUGAACUAUCCAAUAAAUAUGAACCGAAAGUUCUCGCUUCGUUUAAUCAUGAAUUUCCGCAUCCAACAGAUCAUACAGAUAUUGAAGGACAUGAGCGUUCUGUUUUAAGCGUAUGUCAAAUUCCUUAUUACCAAGAGCCGAAUCUUAACUCUGUGUUUCCACCGGAAAUACGCAAUACAAUAGAUCCUCCACCCGAAUUACGUAAUACGACCGGUCCACCACCAAAACCAGCUUCACUCCUUCCUUUACUUAUCACUGCUCAUCGCAACAAUGUCGAUAUUCGUAAAUACAACAUUGUCAGCGAAAGAAAUUCAUUUCGAAAGAUUGCCAUGAAUAAAGAAAAUUAUGUAAUUAGUGUCAAGCGAUUUGGUACAACACUGUUCCUCAGACGUCAUGAUAAUCAACAUCGUAACGUAGAUGAUGUAGGGCAUCGAUUCGAACGAAUGUGUAAACCUGAUUAUAAUCUCGAUGCUAGUUACAAUCUAUUAGUCGAAGGAAACAUUGGUACUUUAAAAACACUAAUCAUAGCUGAAACUGAUGCAGUCCGUCGAUGGCGUCGACGGGGGCGAUUGAUUAAUGAAGCGAUUGAACUCAAAAGUCGAGGGGGCAGGACUAAUAUUUACGAUCGACGCGACACUUGGCUACAGACAUUUCUUGGUGGCGCAACUACGGUGAUAGUUGGUCAGCGUACAUUUGAUGAACCACCACUAUUCGUAGAUAUCCGCGAAUAUGUUGCUCCGAGUCUUAUUGAUCGUGAAGCCAAAAAUGAAAUUUUGAGAUUUCUUUAUCAAGUGCUACGUUUUCUUCUGGAGAAGGUCGAACAAGGUGGAACUUAUUUGUUUUCUCGGCGUCAUGAUCAUCGUGUUGGAAGGCAUGGUUUAUAUCUUUAUAGAGUGGCUGACGAAGAUGAACACGAGUUUACAUUUAUUACAACGUAUCCUUGA